AUGUUCGCCACAAGACGCCUCUUCAGCGCCGUGACCAAGAAGACCACUGGCAUGUAUGGUCUGCCUGUCCAUCCCGACCCUCGUCCUCAUCUCAUCACCAUCUACAACGAUACCCUCAAGACCCUGGAAAAGUUCCCCACCCACGCUGUCUAUCGCCAGGCCACCGCUGCCUUGACCAACCAUCGCUUGAACGUUGUCAAGAACACCGAGGACAUCUCCAAGAUCGAGGAGGCUUUAGACGCUGGUCAGAUCGAGGAAGUGGUUGUCCAGGCUGUUGAGGAGCUCAAGUUGGCUGGCAAGAUGCUUGAGUGGAAGCCUUGGGAACCAUUGGAGACCCCUGCACCAAAAGAUCAAUGGAACUACAAGUUUAACGAGCAUAAUUAA